AUGAUGAUAAACUGGCUUAUCGAGGUGAGUACUAGCAAUGGCAAAACAGAGAACAAACUUGGGAUAUCAAUUGUGAAUAGUAUCGCAAAUUUCAUCAUAACAAACAAAGACGACUUCAUUGAGGAGAUCAAGACACUUAAUGAGAAGAAAGAGUCAUUUAAAGAAAACAUUGCAGCUUUGUUGAAAUCGGUAUUGUCAAAAGUAAGUCAACCAAAAGAAAGGAAGAAGAAGAUUGAGCGCAAAUCUUUGGAAAAGAAGGUUCCCGAGAAAAAAUUGGAGAAAAAGUCGAAGUUUGUCGUCGAGAGCGACGAAGAGGACACCCGUUCAAAGUUACAAAAGCGUAAGAAGAAAGUUGAGAAGAAAGAAAUUGAAGUUCACAAGAAACGCCCGAUUUUUUCAGAACCAGAAGUAAAGAGAGUCAGGCGAAGAAAUCGUGAUGUCGACGACGAUGCAGAGGACGAUGUACAGUUUGGAAAAGAACCUCGGCAAGGAAUAAACACCAUUUCAAAGAACAAAGAAGCUUAUUUGAAAGGACUAAUUAAUUAUGGGUGUGUUGACAACAUGAAGUCAAAUUUGCUAUUACAACAGAUUGCAAGUCUGGGCCCAGAUAUGGACUUGAACACCGACGUCGACUUUUUGAAUCAAUCACCAAACCCAAAUCCCGUCUUUAAAAUACCCGAGCCUUUCCCAUCAAAUUAUAUGAACACAAAACUUGUCUUUGGCAAGAUGAGCAAAAACAAGGACAAACCAUAUGUGAAAUGCGCCAGUACGCUCAUCCUCCCCAAAAAUGAUGAUUUCGAGGCGAAGGGUGGUGAGAUGUUUAAAACAACAUUUUCUAAAAUACACACAUUGUCAGUCAGCGAGCCACCAACACAGCGACAGUCGAACGCAAACUCGUACAUCGCUUAUGACGAUCAACCAAAUAGGGAGUACGACGAAACGGGUUUUGAGCAAGGACCGCCAACCGAAUAUAAACCACUUAAUGUCCUAACGGGUAGAAGGACACAAACUGAUUCGUAUGACCCCUUCACGUUCUUCAGGAUCGGUUAUAAACAAUAUGAUAAAGUGUAG